CACGACCUGCUGUCGACCGCGAGUUCGGCGCUCCGCCGCCUGCAUUUCAAGUCAGCAGGCGGCAGCCGCACCCGCAGUAAACAGCAGCAGCAGCAGCAACAGCAACAGCAGGGGCAGGGCGUGCCCAAGGUGGUGAUCAUGGGUUCGAGCACGACGUCCACCUCGUCGAACAACACGAUCAACACGUCGACGGACUCGGCCAACACGGUGGCGACGCUCAUCACGGUGACGGACGGCGACUGCGACGACGAAGCCGACCCCGAGCCCGAGACGAAGGCCUUCUCGCCGCCUCCCGAGCGGCCCGCCGUCUCGGCGCAGCGCCGCCAGGAGCUGCUCGACGAGAUUUUCAGCAGCGUGAGCGCCCACGCUCCGCCGGAGUCCCCGCUGGUGCCGCCGCCUGCGCCGCCGGUCACGCCGCUGACGCCACUGCUGGGCGCGUGCCGGCGCGACACGCGCUUCUUCGCGCGCAGCGAGGACCUGGACUCGCCGCCGCCCGAGGCCAGGGGGCCCGCCCCCGCCGCCACGCUGCCGCCCCCCGCGGCCCGCGCCCCCCACGGGCUGCAGCACCCGCACCCGCUGCCCGCGCUCACGCUGCGCCGAGCCUCCUCCGUCAGCACGCCGCCGACCGUCGUACCGCUGAACCCCGACAAGGUGCCACCGCGAGGCGGCACGGGUACGGGGGAGGACGUGUCGGAGGCGGCGCCGCCCCCGCGGCUGCACCGGCGCAGCACUCGCGGCUCCCGCCACAAGCGCAAGAGCACCAGCAGCAGCGGCGGCGUGGCGGGGGGCGGCGCUAUAAGUAGCGGCGCGGCGGCGCCCGUGGUGAACACGACGGCCAACCCGCUGCAGGCGAUCGUGGCCGGCCGACACCCCAACCAGCAGCCCACGGCCAUCGUAGUGCAGCCCGGAGCCAACCCAGGUGUCGCCACGGUGCUGCUCAAGGACGCGCGCGCUCAGCGCGAGGAGAACAUGAAGCAGCUGCUCGACGUCGCCAACAACCUCACGCUGCAGGAGCUGCACGACUUCGAGAUGAGGUACGGGUCGCCGCACCACAGCCGGUCGCAGAGCGUGAAGGCGGCGGGCAGCAGCCGGCCCACGUACCUGAGCCUGCCGCAGCAGCGGUCGCGCGUCGCCUCGAUGCCCAACACGGGCGUCGAGGAGGAGUACUACCGCCUGCGCCACUUCAGCAUCACCGGCAAGGGCGUCGUCAACCGCGGCGACUCGCUCAAGAGCCGCCGCUCGCGCUCCAACAACAGCGUCACUUCCAGCAACUCCAGCCACAGCACGGAGCACCUGACGGCGCAGCACUGCGGCUCUGCGCGCACCAGCGCCACGGCGUCGCUGGCGUCGAGUCGCGAGUCGAGCGCGGCGUCGCCUCCCGCCCCGCUGCGCGUCGUCAUGCUGGGCGCCGCCGGCGUCGGCAAGUCGUCGCUCGUGUCGCAGUUCAUGACCUCCGAGUACCUGCACGCCUACGACACCUCGCUCGAUGAUGAGUACGGAGAGAAGUCCGUCAGUGUGCUACUGGACGGCGAGGAGUCGGAACUGACGUUUAUCGACCACCCCUGCUCUGAAAUGUCGCCGGAGAACUGCGUCACGACGUACGACCCGCACGCGUUCUGCGUCGUCUACUCGACUGCGGAUCGCGGAAGCCUCCGGGUGGCUGAGGAAGUGCUGCAGUGCCUCUGGAAGAGCGACUCCAUCAGCACCAAGGCUGUCAUCCUGGUCGCCAACAAGACGGACCUCGUGCGCAGCAGGACCGUCACCACCGACGAGGGAAAGAGCAUGGCGACAUCGUACGACUGCAAGUUCAUCGAGACGUCGGUGGCCAUCAACCACAACGUGGACGAGCUGCUCGUGGGACUUCUGACGCAGAUCCGGCUGAAGCGCGAAAACCCGGAGCGCGCCAGGGACCUCCUGCGCAAGAGGUCGAGCCGGAGGAGUCCGGCAGGCGGCAGCACCGGCGGCGGCGGAGCGGUGUCGUGCGGUACUAACAAGCCCUACCGCGGCGCGCGCACCUCCACCUCGCUCAAGGUGAAAGGCCUGCUAGGCCGCGUGUGGGCGAGGGACUCCAAGAGCAAGAGCUGCGAGAACCUGCACGUGCUCUGAGCGCCCACCGCGCCACCUCCUCACGUAAAAGACAACAGUACAACACGCCGACAAGCUACGCUCUGAUUAAAACUACUUGUUAUUUGACCUCGAUCACUUGACACUACAACGCGGCGCUGCUUCUCGACUCAAACGACAGAGCGCGCUUUUCGCUCGCUGCGGUUGGCGACAGUCAAAUGGGCAGCAGCAAGUAUCCCGUAACUGGUUAUGCGUGCACACUACACUGUUCGCAAACUGCAAGUGAAAUGGCGCUUUACUGCCGGCCGAGGUGGUCUCGCGGUUCUAGGCGCGCAGUCCGGAACCGCGCGACUGCUACGGUCGCAGGUUCGAAUCCUGCCUCGGGCAUGGAUGUGUGUGAUGUCCUUAGGUUAGUUUGGUUUAAGUAGUUCUAAGUUCUAGGGGACUGAUGACCACAGCUGUUAAGUCCCAUAGUGCUCAGAGCCAUUUGAGCCAUUUUUUGGCGCUUUACUGCGGCACGUUGGUAACACCAAACAAUCUGUGAGUGACUUUUCGAAGGACUAAAUUCGAAAAUGUAAAUUGUCAACUGACAAGUAAAUUUUAAUCAGACUACCGUGACAGGACUCCCUGCUGCAGCCAAGGAAAAGAUAAAGCGCGAGUAACAACUACUCUCAGGACAAUCAGUGAAGCCGAACUCCCCCUCCACUUCCAAUCCCUUUCUUACUUCAUGACAAUGAUCCCAUACUCUUUGGAAAAUACAAAAUGUUAGCAGCUAAUUUAAGAAAACUAAAACUUCGAAGAAUCGCCCAUUGUCGACAAAGUCAUGCCCUACUGGAGCAGUAUCUCUAUUGAAUCAUCAAGCGACCACAUUAAACUUCCAGAUUGCAAGUUGAAACUUGAUAUUACAUGUUCUAUCGGCAAGAGGGAAACAUAAGCUACUGCUUCCUUUGGGCCGCCUCCAGAGCAGCCGUGACUAGUUUCCAAGAUUAGACCUCCAACUCUCCACUGUGUUAUGGCAAAUCUACAUGUUAUUCUGCAAAAGUAGCCCUUGCCGAAAAAUGUGAGGUUGAUAGUCAGAAAGGAUGGGUCACCAAGAGUUGUUUGGUGAACUAUAAGGAAGAAUAUGAGCAAAGGCGUAGGAUACAUGUGGGUUAAGCAUCGUAUUAUAUCGAAAUUGUAAAACCUUCUGAAAUUUUGCUUUCUCUUUUGCUUCCUCUGAAGUUACCAAUCCUCAUUUUUUUUAUUGUUGACGAAACGUAUGACCCUAAAGGGACUAUUUACCUCACUGCAGAAGACACCUGCAGGGAAGUUUUGCUUCAGGAAUGACUGCCACAAUGCUGUAUCUGCAGACAGUAAUUGAAACAGUGCAGCAGGGAUUCAGAUCACUGCACAAUGUGUUUCCACGACUCAAGUUUACCUGUAAAGUUAAGUAAAAACGGAAACCAUUCCCGUUUAGUAACUGAACGUCAGGAAAAUAUUCUUUGUCAGGUUUUGGAUAGUUUAUAUAUGCUAUUAAUUUAAUAAAAUAUUUGUAAGGUUUUCUUAAUUUGUAGCUUUAAUACAUACUUUUGUACUCCAUUGCAGUUGAACUAUUUAUACUGUUAUUAUUUUUAUACCGUUUUGUACUUAUUAAUCUCUUAUUUUUAUAUUUACUAUCUGUGUGUUGUUUGUAAGAUCGUAUAUGUAGAAGUAUAUAGUGUAAUGACUAGGACUUUAUGCUGUUUUUUUUAUAAACCAACCAAUUAAGAUAAACAUAAAGUUCCAUAUCAGCAGAGGAUAUUUGGAAGCUCAACAGAUACUCCAUUUCGGAUUCUCCCAAAUGAAAUGUCAAAAAUUUCAAAAUUACUAAGAUCACUCUUAGUGGUAAUAUCAGCAUGUGAGGGAGGAAUUGAAGUUUACCAACUCUGGAUCCUUUCCUCCACUUUUAUAUAGUGCUCCACUUAUUUGCAAUGUAAUGAAAUUCCAAUCAUUUUAUUUAUUUUAAUUUGUUGUAUUAAUUACAACCAAAAUCUUUUUGUACUCUCUUCAUUGAU